UUUUUUANCUGGAGGGACGGCGAACAGGACGAGCGAGCCAAGGGAGGGAUGGAUUGGAAGUAACCUCCGAUAACUUACAUUCUAAUUCUUCUUCUUCUUCUUCUUCUUCUUAAUUCUUGAACAUCGUAUUUUCUUCAUCUCUCUGCAUUUCUCUUCUCUAACAAUCCCUUUACACCCCGAACCACCGGUUCUCCCGGUCCCCAUUGUUCUUUUUCAUCCACCAUUUCAGUUUCCCCCCCUCCAAGAUCCGUUAACUCUCUCGUUGUCCUAUCGCCAACCGGUCAAAUUUGAAGAAAAGCUUGAAGAUCUACGAGAAGGACAUCGAUCCCUUUUCGAAUUUCGUGAUUCUUCUUGAUGGGUUGGAGGUAUAAGGCUGGUUUGUUCCUCAUAGUGACUGUUGUGAUCAUAUGGGUAACCUCAGCCGAAGUGACGCAGGACAUUUUUACUGCUUAUAAGCAGCCAUUUGCCAUAACAUAUCUUGGAGCUUCACUCAUGGUAGUUUACCUCCCAAUAGCAUUCCUUAAGGAUUGGUUUUGUAGUUUGGUAAGAACCCACUCUUCUAAAAGUGGAGCGGAGACAAACUUGGAUGUGGAACUUCAGGGGAGUUUCACUAGAAAAGACAGCGAUGCUGAUUUUUCAGCUCAUUCUGAAGGAAGUCCCCUGGUUUCUAAAAACAAAGAUGAUCCAUGUAUAUUGAAACAAGAGAAAGAGCUUACUAACAAGGAAAUUGCUGCAUAUGGAUUUUACAUCGCCCCCAUCUGGUUUGUAACCGAGUAUCUAUCAAAUGCUGCACUUGCACGGACCAGUGUCGCCAGUACAACAGUCUUAUCCUCUACUUCUGGACUUUUUACUCUGUUCAUUGGUGCUGCUCUUGGCCAAGAUUCAUUAAAUAUGGUCAAAGUUGUUGCUGUCUUUGUCAGUAUGGCCGGUGUUAUUAUGACAACUCUUGGUAAAACUUGGGCCACUGAUGAGUCACAACUAACUGCUUCUGACAACGAACACUCUCUCAUUGGAGAUAUUUUCGGCCUACUCUCAGCUGUGUCGUAUGGGCUAUUCACCGUGCUUCUCAAAAAGUUUGCUGGUGAAGAAGGAGAGAGGGUUGAUGUGCAAAAAUUGUUUGGAUACAUUGGUCUUUUCACACUUGUUACACUUUGGUGGCUAGUUUGGCCAUUGACAGCCAUGGGAAUAGAACCCAAGUUUUCGAUUCCUCACUCUCUUCGAACGGAAGAAGUUGUUCUCGCUAAUGGCUUCAUCGGAAGCGUACUUUCUGAUUAUUUCUGGGCACUCUGUGUCGUAUGGACUACGCCGCUCGUGGCAACGUUGGGCAUGUCUCUCACCAUUCCGCUUGCCAUGUUGGCUGACAUGUUCAUCCAUGGUCGUCAUUACUCAGCGGUUUACAUGCUUGGCUCGACUCAGGUGUUUGCAGGAUUUGUAAUUGCAAAUCUUUCAGAAUGGUUCUCAAAGAAGCUGGGCUUGUAGCAUUUGGAAAUUCUUAAUUCUCUCUCCUUCAUCCAUUGAAUUGCAAUGUAAAUUCUGAUUGAAAACUGUAAAAUCUUCAAUUUUGGGUAAAAAAAAAAAGAAAAAGAAAAAAACACCAUUUUCAUACCACCAUAGAUUACUUAAUUCUACUUGUGUUUUACCA